AUGGGCUCCUCAUAUUCGGCCGAUGGCAUGAGAUCGUCGCAAGAGAUGGAUCUAGCAAAAAUGAGGGGUGGGCGGCAGCCCGGACGAGCUUCUUCAUGCCCCACUAUAAGAGGAGGGGAUGCGCACUCCACGCGCCUCCGCGCCCACGAGGGACACGGUUGGAAAGUAAGGGAUUUAGUCCCCUAUCAUGCUCCCGUGUCGCAUGCUGAUGAACAAAAUAUGCAAACCUUUUUGUUUUCAGGAGGGAACUACGAGAACGGAGGCCCCCACUCCCCGAUGGCAAGUGUGUCCUCGGACUACCCACUACCUUCUGCAUCGCCUGGGGAGAGCGGAGCAUCUAUGCUUGACAACUAUGUCUCCGGAAUACAGAAUUUUUGUGCCGUCUAUGGGGAUGAGCAUGCACCGCAAGAGGCGCCCGUUCAGUCAUCACCUCCGAAGUCGUUAAAACGUCAAGUCUUUUUUGUAGAGAAGUCCCCAGCACGACAAAAUUCUUUUAACGGAGUCAACGCUGGCCCUCCGAAAGGUAUACUGAGCCACACAAGCAGCUUCUCUAGGCCAGUUCCUCGUGGCAUUCUGAGUCACACAAGCAGCUUCAUAAAGCCGACUGGAAAAGAGUGGGGCCGCGUGAAUCGUCAUCGUGCAGGUUCGGUGACAGUUGAGGUUGAAUCGGAUGGGAAGGAGGAGGUGCAGCGGCCCCUGUUCAAGCGGACGGACUCAAAAUGGUCAAGUCACGAUGAACUGCGGAGCAAAUCACCCGAUGAGUCUCCUGCAAAACCAGUCACAGAAGUGCGUGAGAAGAGCCGCGUGCGUACCCUUCUUGUGAUGGAGCCUUCGCCAGCAGAGGACGGUGCCGAUGAGGAAGACGACGAAACAAGUUCAUCUCUGCUGGAUCCACUUGUAAGGGUUAAUGAAGAUGGGCAUAGCAUCGAAGUGGUGGGGGCUCCAGACACCUUGAUUACUCCAGAUGAGAUCGUCACGCAUCAGAACGGCUCCACCUCAACGGACUCGGUGGAGUUAAAAAAGGUGAGGAGGCUGUUUAUUUCCGGGCACUCCACUUCAGUUAUUUGUUCUGAAGGGUCGGGCCUGGCGGGGCAGACGCCAGGCCUCGGCUCACCCUCUUGGUGCAUUUUAAAGGAAUUUCUGAUUGGUCUUAUUGAUGAGGUUAUUGAGGAGGCGAGAAGUAGCGUCAAUCACACCAAACUUGCUUGUGCUUUUGCUGCAGUGAAACAGCAGCAGAUGGCGGAUUUGCUGAGGAAGCAUCCAGAAUUCGGGACUUUGUCCGUCCGCCCCUCUCCACUUUUUGGCAUACGCUUUGUGGGAUUGGAAUAUCGCAAUAUUCCAGAUAGCAGCACCUUCGUCUCCAUUUUGCGUGAUGUGGAAGAGAACUACAAGGAGUCUCAGUGUUCUGAAGGCACCUAUAUUGUGUUGUCAUUACUGCUCAAUAAGCGUCUGAUGGGAGUGACAGAUGAUGACGGAGAUGUAAUAGUAAGUUCACUGCAGAUUAUUUCUGCUGGGGAGGCGGUGAAACACUUGCUGCUUGCCCUGCAAUCAUCAAGCGAGGAGCCACAAGCCGUCUUGGAUGAGAGUAUUUAUGGUGCUUGCCAUACACUUAGCGUUUAUGUGACUCAUGCAAAAGACAUGCGGGCAGCCGAAGGGUUCGAGCUGCAGAGCUCACUUAUGGGCGUGAAGCAUUGUCUCCCGCGAUAUGGGGGCGCACGAGCACUCAUGAAGACCUUAGAUGAAGCGAUUGAAAGGGCAGAAGCACGCCUAAUGAAGAUUAGCAAUCCAGCCGAGAAGAAAAGCACUGAAAUCUACAUCGAGAAUCGCGUGGUACUCAAAAGAUCCUUGGAUGCGUUACUGGAAAAAGUGCGCCCUCACAAGUAG